UUAUUGCAGGUUCUCUUUAAAUUAAAAAAAAGGGUACCUCUUUUGCACUGUGACUGUUUCCUGCUUCUGGGGUGUGUGUGUGUGUGCUCGGGAGCAGGAAACAGGAGCUGCAAAACCAAGGGAAGCGAGUGCGAGGCAAGAGGCUAUACCAGGCCAGCCAGGAAUGAGAUUUCAAAACACUUCCUCCUCCUUCCAGAAAUGUGAUCGCCGUUUUCUUUGGGCAACGGGGAGGUGUGGCGGAGCAUCCUUAGGCCACAGAAGGUGAAGCCACCACGUGGGACGCGUGGCGGUUCUGCCAGCCUGAUGAUGAUGGCACACUUCGUGGCGUGAGCCCUGGGGGAGGGGGAGAGAAAGGGAGAGAGAGAGAUCGGCUGGAUCUCGAGGAGCGGGAGAGAGAGAGAGAGCCACCAAAGAGGGGGGAGGAAGCCCCUGAAGAGAGCCUCCCCCCUCCCCCCAGCAAGCACCCACUUCUACAGCUGAUGAGGAUGGAGGAUCUUUCCCCACCAAGCGGGGAGGUGAUCUGGAGUUUGCCAGGACCUGGCGUUUCCUGCUAGACGCCCGUCUGUCCCUGAUUGUGCCAUGGACUCCAUGUUUGAAGAUGACAUCAGCAUCCUUACCCAAGAUGCUUUGGUCCAGGAGGAUGACUGGCUGGACAGCCCCAACACCGACCUCUCCAGCGAGAUGUGUUCUGCCUCCCACUUUGCUCUCAUCACGGCCUACGAUGACAUCAAGAACCGCCUGACAGGGCUGGAGCGGGAGAACGCUAGCCUCAAGCGGAAACUGAAGAUGUAUGAGAUUAAGUUCCCACUGAUUAGCGAGUUUGGAGAGGAGCGCAUCUUCCCAUCCUACGACUCCAAGGAGGCCUCUCUUCUGAAAAGCGAGAAAGCCAACCUCCAGCAGCAGCUGAAUCAAUUCCAGCGCGAGCUGCAGAAAAGCAAGGAGAGGGAAGAACAGCUGGGUGAGAUGAUCCAAGCCUAUGAGAAGCUGUGUGUGGAGAAGACUGACCUUGAGUCGGAGCUGGGGCAGAUGAGAGCUCUGGUUGAGACACAUCUGAAUCGUAUCCGAAGCUUAGAGCAGCAGUUGAGGCAGAGAGAUGGCGGCUCGUUCCAGAAUCUCAACUCUCAGCUGCAAAAUCAAGAAGUCCAGUAUCUGUCGCUUCAUGGGAGCCACGUGCUGGAUUGCUCGAUGAACUGGCAGAGCCCCAGGGGCCUUGAACAGGUGGAGGGGCUGGAGGUGCAGAGGCUGGAAGUGGAGCUGGAGGAGACGAGGCAGGAAGUCCAGAAUUCGCAACACCGGGAAGAGCAGCUGAAGGCCGAGUGUGAGAGACUGCAGGCGGAGGUGAAGCAGCUGCAAGAGACACGGGCUCAGGACCUUGCAACGAGUCAGUCGGAGAGGGACAUGGCAUGGGUGAAGAAAGUUGGAGAUGACCAGGCUUUCCCCCUUUCCCCCUCUUUUAUCAGGGUAAACCUGGCCCUUGCCUACACGGAGCUGACCGAGGAGUUGUGUCGCCUGAGGAACCUGAGUUCUCUCCAAAGCCAGAUUCUCCGGACGCUUGUGCAAGAGCAGGCCCUCAAUGGUGGUCAGCGGCACUCUCCCCAUUCGCAGCGCCAUUCCCCCGCUCAGCAGCGCCGAUCUCCGGGUCCUCAGUGCUCGUCUCCAGCGCAGCAAGGGAGAUCAUCUUCUGUCCCUCAAUGCCAGUCUCCGGGCCUGCAGAGACGGUCGCCAGCGCCGCCCCCUUGCCAGUCCCCCGCGCAUCAGCGCCGUUCCCCAGCGCCGCCCCCUUGCCAGUCCCCCGCCUCGCAGCGCCGUUCACCUGCCCCACUGCCCGCCCAGCCUCCUGCCCCGCAGCGCUGCUCGCCGGGCCCAAAUUGCUCCUCCCCCGCCAUCACCUCGCAGCACAGGUCGCCGGGUGGCGAGAGGAGCAUCGUGGAUCUGGCCUACUCCAAACCCUUGAGCCACCACAUCAAGGCGAGCUUCCAGGGUCGCCGGAGCUACUCGGAGGUGAGCGAUGCGGCUAUGUACCAGCAGAACCGCUCCCUCUGGCUGCAGCCGGAAGCUUCCACCUUACCAAAGCACCGUCCCUACGGCGAAGUUUACGCCAGAGACGCCUUCGAGGAGCACUUGCGCUUUGAGAAGCAGUCCUCGGACGAAGACGACUGGGCCCUCCCAAGCCCCCCCAGCCCUGAAGCCGGGGGCAUCCGCUGCGCCUCCUUCUGUGCAGGGUUCCCUAUCCCCGACACCUCCACACACCGGACUGAUGCCUCGUACUCCAGGGCUGAGCAUGCCCAGUCCUGGCCUUCAAUCAAUUUGCUGAUGGAGACGGUGGACUCUGACAUCCGAAGCUGCCCUCUCUGCCAGGUGGCCUUUCCCAUCGGUUACCCAGAUGACGCUUUGAUAAAACACAUUGAUUCACACCUGGAGAACAGUAAGAUCUGAGGCCUGCACACCUGCCACGCCCUUCCUCUUCCGGCUUCCUUAGUGAGACCCGUUCACCUCACUCACCAGGCCCCCCCCUCCCACCCACCCAACUUGGAUGCUGCAUGAAAAGUGGUGGGGCAACAGGGGCUCACUCUAAAAUACCUCCAAGUCUCCAGUAGACUGAACCGGAAGAAGAGUUUUGCCUCUCCCUCUCCCUCUUCUCUGCCUUGGUUUCUAAAGUGGGUUUCCUCUUCCUCCUGCUCUUGAAGAGUAGGGCCUGCAAUAUUUCUCCAACGCUUGAACCAGUCGUGGAGGUUGUGGGGAUAGGAGGCGAGAAAUGCGCUUGGGCCAGGCUUAGCAGACAGAGCAUGCCGCCGCCGCUCUCCAUCUGAACGCUCAGAACCGAGGGCAGAGGAUGACUCUUUAUCUACGUGGUUCUGGUUUGGGUGUCUCUGGAAGAUCUCAGGGUAGGAGAAAUCUCUCGGGGUUGUGUGUGUGUUUUUUGGGGUGGGGCAGGGGAAAUGGGCUGAGGAACUCUUGGUCUUGCUGAGGUGACAGCCUGGCACUCAGGUGAAAGAAAUCGGAAGGUUUCGUUUUUGUGCCCCUCCCGCGAGCAGGAAAGUCCCAAGUGGGUCCAGUCUCCCUGCCUUUUCUGCUACUAAGGAGGACGUUCAGGUCUCACUCCUUGUUGACCAUUAAUUAUCAGACACAGAAAGCCUUGGCCACCAACUGCUGGUUCAAGUGUCUUGGUCUUUUACAUUAAAAGCCCACUUUAACGAUGCUGCUGAGAAAUAGAGCCAACUUCCAGAGGUGUAGCAUGGAUGUUCUUAUGUUAUUGCACUGGACAUUAAAACACACGGAAGCUUUUUUCUUUCUUUGUCUUUUCCACAAAAGGAGCUGCUCCUCUCCUCCUCCUUGCUGGUCUCUUGUGAGUUGGCACUGGAGGAAAUGUGCACUGCUGACUUGAGUCGAGCUCCAGAAAGCGUCCCCACGUGACUGUCUGUGUUCUCUUUUGGCGACUGUUCUUCCACCUUUCUCAUGAAACAACUUCUCACCUUGCUUUGGGUAGUUAGUUCCAGUAUAACAAGAAGUGUACUUGCCACAUUCUGCGUCACUGUUCUCCUGCAAUGACAGCAUGUUGACACUGUUUUUGACAACUGCAUAAAUGUAAACACCCUUCUCAUAUUCUAACAUCCACUGUUUCUCUCUCUCUCUCUCUCUCUCUCUCUCUCUCUCUCUCUCUCUCUCUGGCCUUACUGAGCAUAUCUUUCUCUGUACUGAUCUAAAACAAUUGGCAUGUUUGGGUUCUUCUAUUGCUUCCGGUCAUAAGGUGCCUCCGUAUUGUGAGAAGUGUCUCCUUGAACAGCCUGUCCAUGAAUCAGGCUUUGGUAAGACAAAACAAAACAAAAAGAUCUGUAUGGGACUUCUUCUCUUGAGGCAACUGUCUUCCUAUCACCCCGUUCUUUACUAGCCAAUGUAUGUGCUGAGAUUUAUAGCCUGCCUUAUCCCAAGGGCUCAGAAUGCGCAGUGGCAGACAGGGAUGGGUCUUUGUGGCUCACUGUCCAAUCCAUGUGGGAACUAAGAGGAGAAUGGAAUUUUUUAAAAUGAAAUGUAGAAUUGAAAGGUUUCAGUUUUUUUUUAUAAAAAUAGCUCCUUUAUUCCCUCUCCCUUAUUCCCAGAAAACUAUUAGCAGUCCACCCCAGUUCGUUUUUUCAAAGACUUCAGUCCAUCACAAGCAUACCAUUUUCCUCCUCUUCCUAUUCCCCAUCCACACUAUGAUCUGUCACAAUUGGCAAUUCCUCCUUAGCAUUAUAACCAUCCUUUUACUGAGCUCCUCUUCGGUAAACUAGAUGUGGUGGCAACAGACCCAUGUCUUCAAAGGUGAGUUGCUGCCAAGCCACUGCCAAGUGUGGGGUGGACAGGUGAUUUCAAGUGAGGAAGUAGUUGGGCUGCAGGAGAAGAGGUAAGCCCAUUUUUUUGCCCUAUGCUUCCCUUCUGUCCCCCCUCUCCCUGGCCACAUGCACCCACACCAUCUUGGUUCACAUUUGGAGCUGGCCUUCCAACAUGGUCAGGCCGCAUGCUGAACGAGAACAUACCCACCUCCUUUGUCAACGCAGUCAGUGUUCUUGGAUGCCAGUGCAGCCCUGCACUCCUCACUGUCCUCUGCCCCUCCCACCCCAGGACAGUUAUGGGACUCUCUAGGUCAAGCUGCUUGAUUGAGGGUUCCCCCAAAAGCUGGAACCAACCUCGCCCCCCUGAGAUGCAUUUAAAGGGACGAGGGGAGACAGAACAACUGUUGACUAGCAUUCAUGGAUAUCAGUCCUUGUGCGCUUGCAAGCCAAGUUAUUGGUCUGAUUCCCAGCCCAUCAUUUCCUGCCUGUCCCAAACAGAGGGAAAGCUCAGUUGGCUAGAGUGUGGUGCUGAUGAUGCCAAGGUUGCAGGUUUGAUUCCCGUAUGGGACAACUGCGUAUUCCUGAAUUCCUGAUGAUCCUCAGGGUCCCUCCCAACUCUGCAAUUCUAUGAUUCUAUGAAAGGUGUUUCAUUGGAAGCUGAACCCCAUGGACAGUCUUCAGACCCUUUGUCCGCCCCCCUUCAGUCUCCUCAAAGUCUCAGGGGCUGGACCCUUCUCUGCUUCCCUCUAGUAAGUAGCAGUGCAGAGGGGCGUUUGGGGUGUACCUCCUAUUCAUUACAAUGAUGCCUGCAAAGGAGAACUUCCAGUAAGCCAGGUCUAUCAGUCUCCCACUCUGCUGCCCUUUAAUGGUGCCCCAAAUCAACCUGAGGCAAGUCUCUCGCUGUUCUCAUGGUGUGGGCUGCCUCUGCUUCAGCCAGAGCAAGCCCACACUGUGCAAUUUAGGGGAGUUUUUAAUCAUGUUUUAUUGUGUUUUUAAUAUUCUGUUGGGAGCCCCCAGAGUGGCUGGGGAAACCCAGUUAGAUGAGUGGGGUAUUAUUAUUAUUAUUAUUAUUAUUAUUAUUAUUAUUAUUAUUACCCAUGCAUCUCCCACAUACUCUUAUAACGAAGGGCUCUUAUACCCAUCACAGCUUCCACACGGAGACCCCACGUUUUUAAUUUUUGGGGGUGAGUUGUUGCUACAAAACGGAUCAGUUCAAAGCUCAGGCAGUACUAUUGAUGCCUCUGCAAAUGGUCCCAAUUCACAAAGGCUCUGGGUAGCAUGGAGAAAUGUAGUGGGCCAUUGUACUCUCAGGCACAACUCACCCAAUGGGGGUCUUUAAAGGGACUUCUGCUUGACAGUCAUGUUGUGUGGACCUUCCCUUAACAUAGAACCUGAAAAUUAGCCACGGAAAAAACCUUCAUCCACACAAAUCACAUUAUUUCACAGAUUAUUUGGGGAUUUUCUGAGUAGGAAGAGAGCCACGUUCUGUGGAGCAAGGCUGAAAAUGCAUCUCUUCCAACUUGUAACCUUUCUUCCAUUUCUCUAUGUGAAAUCUACCUCAGAGUUUAUGAGAAGCAGGAAUGAUAAUCAAGCAAAAAAAAAGGGGGGGGGAGCUGUUGGGUGAUGGGAAGGUGUUUUUUUUUAAUUAUUCUUCUUUUCUGUAGCCUGCCAUAACCUAAGGGCUCAAAUAUUACCCAGAUAUUUUCCUUUGCCCUAAAGCUUCACAAUCUUUUAAAAAAACCCCAAAACGGAACCAAAAAACUCAAGCAGCAAUGGUAAAAGGGGGCAGCAAUGCCCAUGAAUAGAUGAAAGUCAUUUGCUACCAAGAACCUUCAUACCUGUUAGCAUAGAGUGGUGGCUAAGCUGCUGAACUGCAACCUAGAAGGUCCUUACUUCAAAUCUCAUCUUUGCCAUGGACUCGUUAAGUAGCCUUAGGUAAGGCCAAAGAAAAUCCAUUCUCAUUGUGUCCAUGAACACCCCACCCUACUGAUCCUCUGAGAAAUGCACAGGGAAUUGUUUUAGAAGAAUAUAAACAUGAGGCUGACAAAGAGUAUUCUUGUUUCUCUAUUAGGCACUACUAUUAUGCACCAUGGUUCAUUCUGCAAGUCUGUUUGACAAUAUCUCCCACAUAAAAAGUUAUGUCUUUGGCCCUACAGACCAUUGUAAGUGCACAGUUGAGGUGUGGUAGUCACACGGCCACCAUCAUAUACCCCCUAGGGUACCAAUAUAAACUCCUGGUUCUGUUUGUACAAUUGGUAGCAUGAGCUGGAAGUUAGAUCUAUCAGUGACUUGGCCAUGAUAGGUAAGCGAUACUUCCAUGCUCAGAAGUAUCACUUCAGAAGUGGUAUACCACGAAUACCACGUCCUGGGGGGACAAACAGUGAGAGAGGACUGUUGGUCCCCAUCCCCCCAAAAAGGAAAGUGUCCUGUAAGGGACAUUUGCAGAUGGUUGCCACUUUCUGAGUGGGAUUCAACUGCAGACCUGCAAAUUCAAGUGAAGCGAUGAUGAAAUGUGUCGAGAAGUAUGGGAUAAUAGUUGCUUGAUGCACUAUCAUAUAACUGCCCUACAAACAGGUCAGAAUGAGUGGUCAAUAAACAGCUGAUGGCUUAUAGCCUCCCUGCAAUCAAAUCAGGAAGAAUGCUCAAGAAAUGGGUCAUGUGGAAGUGAUCCUGGACUAGGGAGGUCUUAGCAGUGCUUAGAUUGAUCUUUGGGGCAGGUUUUCAUCUUAGCAUGAUGUGUUGACCUUUAAACGUAGUAUCAUCGUGGUCCCUUGCUUGUUCUCACAAUGGGCAUGGUUAAAGUAUGGGUGACUCAUUCCACACACUUCACAGUGCAUGUUUAUGCGAGUGUCCUUCCAGCCUCCUUGUUUGUUUUAUGUCUUUUGUUCCAUAUCAAUUUAACGCAGAUACCAAUUGCUAAUACAGAUUAGAAUCUCCACUCCAAAUGCCUUUUGAAAGUGUAGCCCUUCGCUUGCCACUAUUUAUAAUGCUGCUUACAAAACAAAUAUAAAGUUGGGUAAGUGUGUUAAGGAGUAACUGAUUCAUGUUAAGUGCUCUUGUGAACAAGCUCCCCAAUUGCUGUAGCUUAUGAACCCCCUCAUCUUUCUCCUUAGUAUUUUUUUUUCCUUAGAAGAAAUGCAUUAUUUGUUACGUCACUUGUUAGUCAGAAAAUAGACAUCUCUGCUCUAGCCCCCAUCUCUCCAGCUUGAUUGCCCCAAAUGUGAAGAUGCAAGGAAGGCCGCCUUAGAUACUUGGCUGUGGAAAACCCUCGGGAGAGAGAUUGGUCUGUCUGUAUUGUUCCCAUCCCUUUCUUUGGUGUGUGUGUGUGUGUUUUCCUUCUGAAGAGACUCUGUGCUCUGUGGUUCAGAAUAACUCCAAUAAAAGUUGCCAAUUGGUGAACAUUUUCAUUCA